AUGGGCUUGUCACCGAGCAGCCUCAGAUCUGAAAGUUUGCAAUGUCUGGUUUCUGAUCCGGAAUAUCUGGUACACGCAGUAGACCAGCAUCGUUUUCAAGUUGCGUCUGCUCGGGACAAUCUGAACAUCAAAUUGUCCUGUACGCAACUGACAGAUUCACCGGUUCUCAGUAACACGGACGAACGCUUAUGCUUGUGUACCGCCUCACUUUUGGAUUGUCGCUUACGGCUUGUAUGCAAAGGACAGUUGGAGCUGCGCACAUCAGACCUUCUAUUUCGGGAUGCAUCAUAUGUGCUUACCUGGCCACUGGGAAGUCUUCGGUGGUACGCUACUGAUGCGAAACAUUUCGUGUUCGAGUCCGGACGUCGUAGUCCUUCAGGUCCAGGCCUAUUUGUUUUCAAGUGUAAACACUCAAAAAAGUUGGGUCUGAAACUGAGCAUGCAGAUUCACCGACUCCUGUCGCACAGGUCUGACUCGGCACAAUCACACAGACAACGUUAUACGACCCGUCCUUCGAUUAAUGACGAGCAACCUGUGAAAUUGGUUUUCCAAACAGAGCACCCGUCACCCACACGAAUUCACUCAAUCACACCAACAAGCCCUUCGGUGCCAGGUGAGUUUCUGCCUUUUCUCGAAUUCCUGCUGGCGUCCAAUGUUGAAUAG